AUGACAGAAGCAGUUUCCGUUACACUCGAGGAGCUCAGCAAUGGGCUCGACUUUGCGACGCUUGAUAAGGCAUUUGGGCCCGACUCCCUCGGCAUCAUCAUCGUGAAAAACUUGCCAGACCACUUUCUUCAAUUGAGAUCGAAGGUGCUCGAGAGCAUCUCCAAGCUAGCUACCUUACCUGAGGAGGAGCUCAAGAAGCUUGAGCUGCCUGAGUCCAUGUGGCUCACGGGCUGGUCCUGUGGCAAAGAGGUGUUGAGCACCACGGGGGAACCUGACUUCAACAAGGGCUCGUACUACGUGAACUGUGCGUUCUACAAGGACGAUAAGCUCGAGGGACCUGAACCACAGCUUGUGGAGAAAUUCAGCGACUUCAAAACGUACGUUCUGCCCAACGUCUGGCCUUCCGAGAAGCUCCAGGGUUUGGAAACAUUCAAAGCAGACGCGAAGCAGUUGAUCAACCUUAUCAUCAGCACGGCUGCGAAGGUUGCAAAUAACUGCGACAGCUACAUUAGCAAACACGACGAAAAGUACGAACGCAAUUUCUUGCAGCGUAUCAUCAAGGACUCCACCUGCACCAAGGCCCGUCUUCUCCACUACUUCCCCAACACAGGUGAGAAAAAAGCCAAUUCCGACGACUGGUGUGGUGAGCACCUUGACCAUUCCUGUCUCACAGGCCUAACAUCAGCGCUCUUCUUGGAUGAGUCCAGUGGUGAUGGCAAGGCCUUGCCUAAGCUGCCCGACGCCGAGGCAGGCUUGUACAUAAGAAACAGACACGGAGAUGUUACGAAGGUGAACAUUCCCAAAGACUGUCUUGCUUUCCAGAGUGGGCUGGCACUCCAGGAGAUCUCCAAGGGUUUCUUCAAGGCAGUGCCCCAUUAUGUCCAGGGCACGAGCAUCCCCCAUAUUGCGAGAAACACUUUGGCGGUAUUCUGCCAGCCUGACUUGGACGAAAUGGUCAACGACACCGAAAACUUUGGCCAGUUUGCCGAGAGAAUUGUCACUGGUAACCACUGA